AUGAGCCCCAUUCACCAUGGAAACACCGAUGCCUCACCCACGACUCAAAACAAACUGGACUGGACAUCCCAAACCGACAAGAAGAACCCAAGAAACUGGUCCCGUCUCCGAAAGACCCUCUCAACCCUAAUAAUUUGCUCCAUCGGCUUCACAACAACGCUAGGAGCCUCAAUCUACGCCCCAGGCCACGCCCAAGUCCAAGCAGAAUUCCACGUCUCAACAACAAUCUCCCUCCUCCCACUUUCAGCCUACUCACUCGGCCUCGCCUUCGGCCCAAUGAUUUCUUCGCCGCUAUCCGAGACCUUCGGCCGUAAAUUUGUCUAUCUACUCACACUCCCAUUGUGCGAUAUCUUCCUGCUCGGCGCGGGAUUCGCGCGGAACAUCACUUCGCUGAUUAUCUGCCGAUUUCUCGCGGGUGUGUUUGCUGCGCCGGGCGUUUCUGUUGCUGCGGCUACGAUUUCGGAUUUUACGGCGCCUGGAGAGAGGGUCGUGCCUCUUGCAGCGUACUAUGCUGUGCCGUUUAUUGGGAGUUCGAUUGGGCCUUUGAUUGGCGGGUUUGCUGUGCAGGAGCGAGGGUGGAGGUGGACUUCUUGGGUUGUGCUUAUCAUGGCGGGUGUUUUUCAUCCGCUCGCGUUGUUUUUGAGAGAGUCGUAUAAGGCGACUAUUUUGCAGAAGUGCGCGAGGAAGGGGUUGGUUGAGGAUGGACUCGGGGUUCAAGUUGGAGAGUCUGUUAGUGGGACGAAUUUGCUGCGGUUGCGUCGAUUCGUCACUUCUACGAUUGCGAGACCGGUGCAUAUGCUUGCUACUGAGCCGCUUGUUGGGUUUGUUUGUUUGUAUACGGGGUUUCAGUUUGCGCUUUUAUAUACCUUUGUCGUGGCUAGUCCCUGGGUGUUUAAGACGGUGUAUGGAUUCUCGGUGAGUGCACAGAGUUUAUCUUUUCUUGGACUUGCGGUUGGGUGUCUGGUUGCUCCGUUCAUUUUGAUAUCGAUGGAUUCCGUUUUACGAAAUAAGAAGAUCGCGGCGCGGCGAGGGCAGGAGUCGCAGGGCUUUAACCCAGAGCGAAAACUAUAUACGGCGCUUUAUGGAAGUCUUGUGCUGCCGAUUGCUCUCUUUUGGUUUGGAUGGUCCGCUCGACCAGAUGUUCACUGGAUAAGUCCGAUUAUCGCACAGGGGACUGCUCUCCUCGGCAGCAUCCUGAUUUAUGUACCCUGCAAUUUCUAUAUGCUGGAUGUGUACGGGUCAAAGUAUGGGGCGUCGGCUAGUGGGGCUUCGUCGCUGUCGAGGUAUAGUCUUUCGGCGGCUUUCCCACUUUUCGUCACUCAGAUGUAUGAGGCUCUUGGAGUGGGAUGGGCGACGAGUGUUUUGGGAUUCGCCGCGUUGGUCAUGGCGCCUAUACCCUGGCUGUUCUAUUAUUAUGGCCCACGGCUGCGAGCGAGGAGCUCUUAUGACCACGGCACUUGA